UUAACUUAAGCUUCAUUUCAACCUUGCCUUUUUUUAUCACCAAAAAUACGCAAAGUUACGAUUUUUUAAAUGAAAUUGAUAUGCACAUUUAAAUAUUGCAAGAAAAUGGAAAUUUCUUAGAUCAAUACUUAAGAUGAAUGGAAAGAAAUUGGACGGACCAUUUAUUUUUCGUCUUAAUGAUAACGGUGUUGCACCACAUCUUCUUGUCCAGGUGUGCAUAGAACGUGGGUGGAGAGAAUAUACUGGUGAUACCAAUCAUGCUUUUAAAGAUCACUGGAAUUUGUGGUGGAAAUCAGGAGGAUUUGCUACAUCCCUUUACAAAAGUUUAUUACCCUGGCAGUUUAUAAAUCGGAUUCCUAAGGGUAGCUCGAUAUGUAGAAAAGACAAUCUUAUACGACAUCUGAAAUGUAUGAGACAAGUUUACGGUUCAAUUUAUGAUAUCAGUCCAAUAGGAUAUAACCUUCCAUCAGAGUACACAAAACUAGCAGCAGACUUUAGUCGUUUAGAGAACGAUAAUAGAGUCUGGAUAUGCAAACCCGUUGGACAGAGCCAAGGACGCGGUAUAUUUCUUUUUCGGAAACUAAGUGAUUUGAUUUAUGAUGGAUCUGCUGUCGUUCAGAGAUAUAUUGAAAAGCCACUCCUUAUUGGUGGUUAUAAAUUUGAUUUAAGACUAUACGUAUGUGUUCCAUCUUAUAGACCUUUGGUUAUUUAUCUUUAUAAUGAAGGAUUGACACGUUUUGCGACACAAAAAUUUUCACUUGAUAAUCUCAAUGACCCUUAUCGACAUCUUACUAAUUUUGCACUCAAUAAAUUAGGACCUGGAUAUUCUCAGAAGAAAGAAAGAAUUGGUGCAGGAUCCAAGUGGAGCUUUCGACAAUUAAGGAGAUACAUGAAUCAAUCAGGCUUACAAGAUUGGUUUCUUUGGCAGCGAAUUGCUUGUCUUGUUACUUUAACGAUUCUCAGCCAAACAGCUGGGAUACCUAAAUCAUUAAAUUGCUUUGAAUUUUUUGGAUUCGAUGUUUUAAUUGACGUCAAUCUUAAACCUUGGCUUUUAGAGGUCAAUUUAAGCCCUGCUUUAGGGAAUGAUUGUGAAGUGGACUCUGAAGUAAAGAAGCCAUUACUUCAUGAUCUUUUUGAUUUACUGGGCCUACCAGUAUGUAAUACAGGUCUUUCAUUAUUCAAAAUUUGGUCAACGUCUAAUAGUAAAAAAAAUAAUCAUCAUAACAAUAUUAAUAAUAAUAACAAUACUACAUAUUGUGCUGAGUAUAAUUGUUGUGCUUCCAAAUAUAAUAAACCACGGUGUUCUAAACAACGAUGUAAAUUUAAUUCAAACAGUUCGGUUAAUUUUUUAAAUAUCAAUUCAGAAACGUUUCAACAAUCGCCAACUCAAAAUUAUGUUAAUUCAUACUCUUGUUGCCAUUCUGCUGGUUUCGAGAAAAAACUUCGACGAUACAAUCAACUCAAUCAUAAAGUUAACAGCGUAAUUACUAGCAAUAAUAAUUCAGAAAAAACAAUUUGGGAUAAUGGAAAGAAUUGGAAUGAUCCUAAAACUCGAGAAGGUGGAUGGAUUAGAAUCUAUCCAAUUAUUGAUUAUCAAUUGCUAGAAAAUAUUGAUGAUGAUCAAUCUAUUUAUUUAAAUGAUGUUAAAGCUCAUGAUAAAGAAAUUAGAAAUAGUGUAUUAUCAAUUCAAAAAUUCAUUAAAGUUGCAAAAGACAUCAAUCGAGAAUUUGGAAAAUAUGGAGAUAAACGUUGUAAUGAACUUCUACGGCAAGAAUUAAAUUUGAGUACUGAAAUAUGGCUGCCAGAUAAAUAAUUUAUGUAUAUUAGUCUGAGAACAAUAAAUUCAAAACCAUCAA